GCGAUACGUCUGAUAUUCAAAUUCUAGAGAACGUGGAUUUGGAUAUUCACGUGUAUCAACUUAACGAAGAUGAUGUAGUAGAAGAAUAUCAGGAAGAGGAAAACGUUUUAACAGCUAACUAUUGGGAUUUACCAGCACGAGCACUCGACGGCUUAUGGGAUAAUCUCAUAUUUGACGAAAAUAUUAAAACUCGAUUGCUUGAUUACGUUUACACGACAAUUUUAUUUUCUGAUCGAAAUGUGAAUUCAAAUAUUAUCUCAUGGAACAGAAUUAUUCUGUUGCAUGGACCACCAGGAACAGGAAAAACAACACUUUGUCGAGCUUUUGCACAAAAAUUAUCUAUUCGAUUAGCGGAGAGAUAUUCUCAUGGAAAGUUAUUUGAGAUAAAUAGUCAUAGCUUGUUUUCUAAAUGGUUCUCUGAAUCUGGAAAACUGGUACAAAAAUUAUUCCAACAGAUUUACGAUUUGAUAGAUGAUGAUGAUGCAUUUGUUUGUAUUUUAAUAGACGAAGUGGAAAGUUUGGCAGCUACUAGAAGAUCUGCGUUAUCUGGAGCAGAGCCAUUGGAUGCAGUUAGGGUUGUCAAUGCCUUAUUGACACAAAUAGAUAAAUUGAAACAAGAAAAGAACGUUCUUAUACUGACUACUUCAAAUAUCACAGAAGCAAUAGACAUUGCCUUCAUUGAUCGAGCCGAUAUCAAACAAUAUAUUGGUUUGCCGUCACAACAAGCCAUUUAUGGAAUCUUAUCAAGCUGCAUAAGGGAGUUAAUGAGGGUUAAAAUAAUUGCUGAGGAGGGAAUGAGUGGACGUACAUUACGUAAAAUGCCAUUCUUAGCAUACGCCCACUUUCUAAAAUCGUGGGCCACGACGACAUUGAAAGACUUCUUGAAAGCCUUAGAACAUGCAGUGGAUAAUGAAACUAUUGGAAGAAAAUUAACAUUGGAAAAUCAAGGUGAAGGCGGCACAUGUAAAAUGUUGAUUAAUGAACGAAAUUAA